AUGAAUCCCGAUGGCAGAGCCAUUCGCGUCCUGGCGGUAUUGGACCCGUCGGAACCACACACAUUUGUCGAGCCUGCGAAGAAGAUCCACGAAUCGCAAGAUGUAUCCGCAUUUCUCACCUCGAAAGCUUACUCGGACAUUAUGACUUUUAUUCUGCAGCUAAACCGCGCAAUGUUUCCUACAAAAUCACCCGAUGAUACCAUACAAACCUGGCCUUUGGGCUCCGAAGACGUACAAUACUCUGCGCCCGUUCGCCAGUUACAAGGACUGCUCUCAAAGGUCGAGGAUAUCGUUCAAGAGGUCCCGCCAGACACCGGACCACGGAGAUUUGGAAACAUCAGUUUUCGGAGGUGGCAUGAAGUAUUGGCUAGCCGAGCAUCUGACUUGCUCAAAGAAUGCUUGCCGGCGGAGCUCUUGGACAGGCCGUCGUCCUCGGCCGAGGGAGUUACUGCAGAGGCGGAGCUCAAGGCAUACUUCCUCGGUAGCUGGGGCAGUGGUCAGAGACUUGACUAUGGCACUGGCCAUGAGUUGAGCUUUUUGGCUUUCCUUGGUGCGAUUUGGAAACUCAACGGCUUCCCACAGUCUGAAUUCGGGGUGGAGGAGAGAGCUCUUGUACUUGGGGUGAUCGAGCCGUACCUCGAGCUCGUCAGAUUACUUAUAAAGACGUACACUCUCGAACCAGCGGGUUCUCACGGUGUCUGGGGCCUUGAUGAUCACUCGUUUAUCCCAUACGUAUUUGGCUCUGCUCAAUUAUCCCCCGCUAUUGAAGCCACAGAUCUCACACCCGAAGAAGGCUCGCUACCAGAUGCACCCGCCACAGGUGGAAUCAUGAAGCCCACCAUUGUAGAGCGUGAAAGGAGAGCGAAUCUCUACUUCUCGGCAAUUGGGUUCAUCUACGAUGUGAAAAAGGGUCCUUUCUGGGAACACAGCCCAAUGCUUUAUGACAUCUCUGGAAUUCAAGCUGGCUGGGGCAAGAUCAACAAAGGAAUGAUCAAAAUGUACAACGCAGAGGUUUUGUCCAAAUUCCCCGUCGUGCAGCAUUUCCCCUUCGGAUCCCUCUUCAGCUUCGAUCGUGAUCCGAAUGCUGCCAUGCCUCCAACAACUGUUCAUACUACAUCUGGUCCACAGGGACGCCCUGUCGUACCAGAUGCGGGCUCGCUAUCAUCUUCCACGGCUCGACCCAGCGCAGAUGCUGGCACCAAAGCCCCCUGGGCUACAUCCGGGUCUAGUACUCGUGCUCCACCUAUGGGCCCUACGGCAGCGCCGUGGGCGACUGGCAGACCAACUGAGUCACCAGGAGCACCUGCAACUCUACCUGAUACCUCGCGCCUACCACCAGGUCCAAUGGCUCCUACUAGAGCUCCAUGGGCGAGCGCACGGCCUCCGCCGCCACCACCUGGAGGUGAUGGUCCUACUAAAGCCCCCUGGGCGAAAUAA